GCCGCUUCAGUCGUAAUGCGUUCGCGGUCCGUAUCACACCUGGUUGGGUGGUCAGUGAAUCCGCGAUGACCGCACACACGCACUUUUGCGCACAAUUUGUGCGUUGCGUUGCGCUCAUACUCCUCCUUGCACACUCCAGCACACCGCAGAGCACACUGUUCCAGUCGGUUCUCCAGUACUACCGCAAUUCACUGCGUCUACCCAUUGGAGCCACAACAGACUCCAACAAGUUCCAGAAGGAGUAUGACUUUGUGGUUGUGGGAGCCGGGUCUGGGGGUUCAGUAGUCGCUAACCGUCUCACAGAAAACCCAGAUUGGUCUGUCUUGCUACUAGAGGCAGGCAAAGAAGAAUUGAUUCUAACCGACGUACCUCUUCUAGUCUCCUACAUUCUGGCCACAGACUUCAACUGGGGCUACCGAACAGAACCCAACGAAGGAAUAUGUUUAAGUAUGGUGGAAAAACGGUGCAAAUGGCACAGAGGAAAAGCAAUGGGUGGGACAAGUGUCAUAAACUACAUGGUUUACAGUCGAGGUGUGCCACGAGAUUAUAACAACUGGGCUUCUCUAGGAAACUACGGGUGGAGCUUCAGAGACGUGCUACCCUACUUCCGAAAAUCGGAGGAUAUGGUUGUUCCCGAGCUACGGAAUUCCCCCUACCAUGGAACUGGAGGGUAUCUCACUGUGGACCGUCCCAAGUGGAGAACCCCGUUAGUGUCAGCGUUCAUGAAGGCUGGGGUGCAGAUGGGGUACCCGUUGUUGGAUGUGAACGGAGAAAACCCGUUGGGAUUCGACUAUAUUUUAGCCACCACCCGGCGUGGGGCUCGACUUAGUGCAUCGAAAGCCUUCUUGCGUCCAAUAAGAACGCGGAAAAACUUCACAGUGGGAAAACAAGCGAGAGUUACACGUAUCAUCAUAGACCCCGUGACAAACAGGACGAUUGGGGUUGAGUUUUUAAAGAAUCGGAAAAUUCAUGUUGUGAGGGCUAGGAAGGAAGUGGUGUUGUGUGCGGGGGCGUUGAACAGUCCCCAACUGUUGAUGUUGUCAGGGGUGGGUCCUAGAGAUCAUUUAGAGGAAAUGGGGAUACCUGUGAUAAAGGAUCUCAGGGUGGGAUACAAUCUACAAGACCAUGUAUCCAUGGGGGGGCUGGCGUUCCUUGUGAAUGAUACAGUGUCCAUCAUUGAGUCGAGGUACCAGGGACCCCAGUACAUGUUGGACUACUUGUUGAACGGGGCGGGACCUCUGACUCUGCCCGGGGGAGCCGAGGCGUUGGCUCUGUUCCGGACGGGUUUGGUGGAUGGUCCCGAGGAUCAUCCCGACAUGGAACUGGUUUUCGGCCCAGGGGCGCUCACAGGGGACACGGGAGCAUCGCUGAGGCGGAGUUUCGCCAUUCGAGAGGACUUUUACGACAAAGUGUAUCGUGCGCAUGAAGGGGAGGAUGCGUUCAGUAUUGUGCCAGUUCUGCUGCAGCCGUUGAGUCGCGGCAGGGUCAAACUUAAAUCGAGGAAUCCGUUCCACUGGCCGCUGUUGUAUCCCAAUUACUACGACCAUCCCCGGGACUUGAAGAUUGUUGUGGAGGGAAUCAAAAUGGCAGUGCGCAUAACAGAGACAGAGCCGUUCGCAAAGUACGCCACCCAGUUGCUGCGCAACCCUUUCCCAGGAUGUGCGUCGCUCAUCUUCGCCUCGGACGAGUAUUGGGCUUGUACCGCUCGCCACAUCACCACUAAUCUACAACAUCAAUCCGGUACGUGCAAAAUGGGCCCACCCUCGGACCCCGAGGCAGUGGUCGACCCCCAGCUACGCGUGUACGGCAUCCAGGGUCUCCGGGUGGUCGACGCCUCCAUCAUGCCGGUCAUCCCGGCGGGGCACACCAACGCCAUCGUCUUCAUGAUCGGCGAGAAAGCGGCCGACCUCAUUAAGGACACCUGGUCAACCAACGAGGUCGACGCCCGGCGCAAAAGGAUGUCCUGACAGCGGGUCACGUCGUCCUUUGCUGCAGAGGAUGACGCAUUGGGAUCCUGGAUCGAUUACCUCUGGAAGAUGGUAUGUGGCAUCAUGGACAGCUGUUGAGUUCGAGGCUAUUAGAUGCAUAGAGAAAAGAUAGCAUGAUCUUAGGCUAUCUUUUCUCUAUGGUAGAUGAUAUUGUAGUAUAACCUAAUUUCUUGUAUAUUUUGAUAAGAGGUUGACUGAAAUAUUCUCGUGUGAACUGGUGAACAGUGUUUGUGUAUAAUAUAAUUAUUAUUUUUUGAAGAACUAUAGUUGUGAUUCUUAGAAUCUUCUGAAACGCCAAUAAUUUGUAAGAAACUUACUUUACUUUUAACGAACUGACAAAAUGAAAACCAACUUGAAUCCAACUGGAGACUUGAUGAAGAACAUUGACAACUCAACCUGUGGAAAUUCAAAGAGUGCCAACGUUCAGAGUUGACACCGAAGAUCAAAUCCGGAAUCUCACAUGUAGUUCACUCUAUAAUAAUGUGAGCUAAUUCCCUAAAAUACUCUUGUCCGAGGGUUGUUCAUGGGCACUUUGGGAACCCUGAGUUACUCCACCAGUAUCGACGAUUAUUCGGUUUCUUCUUCUUUAGCUCAUCGCUUGAUUGGUUGGCAGCCUUCCAUCCAAAUCUGUCCAUUGCUACUCUCUUUCAUUGUUCAUAACUCAUAGCACCCACUUCCUUCGUCAUUCGUCUCAGAUACUGUAGAAGGGGCCUUCCACGACCCCUUUGUUCAUAAACUGAAGCCAUUAUUUGGCUAUAGGCUGUAAUAAUUGUAACUUUCCAACCUAUUGACUAAUUCUAUUCGAAAUGUUGAUCAACACAAUUCUAAGUGGGUUCCUCCCUUAUGCCGUAUUCAUCCAAUUUCAAAUAGAAUCUACUCGCUUCUUCAAUAGAAUUCAAAGCCGAUCUGAUUCUGCUGAUUCUGCUGGAAGUAAGAGAUGCUCAAGUUCUCAAGAUGCGUGAGUUGCAAUAUUAGGCUUGGAAACUUCCCUGGUAAAAACUAGUCCUUACAGCGGCUCGAAACUCAAGGGUGAAUCCGGAGGCAUAUAUCAGGGAAAAAAUAAUGUUUAUUUGAAUCAAUGUCAUCAUAACACGCAUUGAUAUUCAAGUUUUUGUAACCUGUUUAUAUUAUUUGAGUACUCCGGGCUUAUCAUUCUGUUUGGUGCAACUCACUUACUUAUCUUUCAAUUGGUGAUAUCAAUUCAAAGAUGAGCUCAAUGUUUACUCUCGCUACAAUAAAUCUUGUAAUACCAAAGAUUGUGUGUUCAAAUAGGAAAAUUUGUCGUUUUUCAUUGCAUUCCAUUCAUCACUAAGCAUUUCUUUAAUUUUCAUUUACACGGGAAACUCUUUGAUUUCCCUCACUAGGACAUCUUCUCAUUGAUACAAGAAUAAUCCAGCCCUUAGUGAAUGGAAUAUCAGUUGCUUUUCUCUGCAUUGAUUUAAGGGUUCAUAUCCUUCUUAUAAAUGACUUGCUUUUCUACUAUUACGAUCCUGAAGAAGUGAUGAUGGAAAUGAAUACUGAUUGAUGUCUUGGAAGCCAUACGCUAAAAAAAUAAAUUUUCUACCAUCUACACUAAUUUACAUUCCUCUCCUUCUUCUUAUUUUUCUCUUCUCUCUCUUUGAUCCUCUCUAAUGUCCAAAUUAUCUCAAUAGAAGAGUUGCAGAGGAGGAUGGUACCAUAAAAAGGAAGGAUAGUAAUCACUGUAUAAAUAUCGUAUAUAAUAUACCUAAUAGGUAUAUAAUAUACCUAAUAUAUGAUUAUUAUAUGUACAUUGUACUGAUGAGAUUCAUAUUUAGUAUUGUAAACAUGUAAUUUAAUCCAAAUAUCUUGUAUCACAAUAAGAAGAUUAUAGCUUAUUAAUUCAGAAGACUAGAUGUAUGAGUUUUGAUAUUUUGUGUGUAAAAUUGUUAAUUAUAUUGUCAUACUGUAAAGUUAAAAUGAUAAAU